AUGGCGAGCCAAAACUUAAAAACAAAUCUUAACACAGACGAAAACAAAAAUCCCAGAUUUAGAGAUAAAGACACUGAAAACUUUUAUCAUGGCGAAAGAGUUUCCAGAUUCCAAGAACUUAGUCGUAGUGAUAAACAAGAAGCCCACCUGGUAGUCGCUUAG